CGCGCUAGUGAAUCAUUCAUCACUCCAGCGCAAUGCGAGCUGAAGCUCCGAGUUUCUGUUAAAUGAACGCACACAUCUGACUGAACUCCCUUCAGUUUCUGUGCUCUGGGAUCUGUUCAGGAUGACACCUCUCCUCUGCAACGUCUGCCUCGUCUUGCCUGUUGCUUUACAUCUGCUGCUUGUCCCCAGUCCAUGUUCUGCUGCAGCCACAAAGAAGUGCAGCUCCAUCUAUAAAGGCUUUGCCCAGUGUCUGCUUGCCCUAGGAGACAGUCUGUCUGUCAGCUCCCAGAAAGACGAGGAUACGCAGGAGAUCGACUCUAUUUGCAAAUCCUGGGAUGAUUUUCAUGACUGUGCAAAUGUGGCCAUGGCUGGCUGCCCUGAGGAGGCUGCGGUGGUGUGGGAGUCUCUGAGACAAGAGUCCAAAAAGAUGCAGUUUUCCGGAAACCUGUAUGAGAUGUGUUCCAGUCGUAGCCAAUCAGCAGCUGCCUCUGAUUCCCAAAGCCCCGAUGAGACCAAUCAGGAAUCGUUAAAGGGACGCGCUAGUCAUACAAGCCUGACCUUUCUGACCUUCUGUUUGCCUGUCCUACUACUGUUUCCAUGGAUAUAAUCACAUCUCAAGACUCACCUCAGAGUUAAAAUGUUCUGCACACAGACAACGAUUUGACAUUUACAUUUAGUAGAAUAAGAAUCAUUUUAUGCUUCAAAUUCAACUUUUCAACAUAAGAAGAAUGUCAUUUCCUGACAAAGGACACUUUUUUUUUCAACAAACACACAUUUUCAGGCCCAAAUGCUUGCUUUUGUUAUUUAUUUCCUGUUUAUCCAAAAUAGCAGUUUCAUUUUAAGCACAAUUUUCAUUCAUAAGAGGACCAAAAUGCACUUCAAAUGACUCCAGGCCUGAUGAAGACGAAUCAAAGACGGCGAAAAGACAUUUCCAAACAAUUGAAACCCCUUCAUCUAAGAGGAAAUUAAAUGAAGGUCUACUGCAAUACAUUAUCGCAUCGGUGAGCUAUGAGUAUCAAAGCAAUGUAAAGAGCCCUCAAAAAUGUUAUUAUUUCACUCUGUAGUGUAAUCUUCUUUUGUAGGAUCCUGAGAGGAUUAAGUUUAAGGAUUACACCAAAUAAAAGUAAAUCUAAGUAACACGGCUCACCUACAGGCUCUGCCUGGGAACAGGCUUGUCAGACUUUUAGAAGUCUGCAGUCUGAAUGCCUUUGGGUGACGGUUUAAACCCAAUUUAUUAAUGACGGGUUCAUUGAUUCAGUUUAACGAACAGCACAGCAUUACGCUUCAAGGUGUUUUUGUACUAGUCUGUAUGGAACUGCUGUUUACUUGAUGUUGGUUGGAGUACUGUGUAUAUAUUGUAUAGUCUUACAUUUUACAUUCCUCAUAGCUGCUUUUUUAUUUUUUCAAAUACGUUUAUUUUAAAUGACACAAGAUGGAUUCACUUCAAAAUGUCAUGACGAUGCAGCAAUGUAAAUAUGACCGAUAUGCUGUAAAGAAGAGCUUUAUGUGAAUGAGUAUAUUAUCAUUUAGUGCACAAUAACAGAUGAAGCAAAUCAACGGAGGUGAACGCAUUGACAUCAAUAAGACCUAAUUGUGAAUGAUUAUUCCCAUAAAUACGAGCACACAGUGUAUUCCUAUGAAUAUGUGACUUCACGUGUAAAGACUUUUUUUCCCAGGAUCAGCUUUCAUUAUUUUCACUCAAUGCUGUGCUUUGCUCCGCUCAGCGGAUUCCUCAGUCAUUGUGAUUUAUGUUUAAUUUUUAGGCUUAAUUGGCAAUCAAUCAUGUUUGCCAAUGAAGUGAACUUAUUAAGGAGGGCAAAAGGCAUUUAUUUAGUCAGAAAAAAAAGACUUCAAUAGGGGAGGGUUGCCACUUACGUCUCAGAUUUUGCUUUUGUGUGUUAGACUGGCUAUUAGCUCGUGCUUUUCUUUGAUUCCAGAUCCAGUUCCACUAUUGUCAUAGCCAGUGAAUGUAGUACAAUCUAAUGAAAUAAUAUAGUAAGGGCUAAUAUGUACAAAUUUUAAGUGUACAUCACUCCUUGCUACAGUACAUAGAGCUCAUUUAUACCUUCCUUAUUAAUAAUAUUUAAGACAGUUUUACUUUGCUUGACAGAUGCAUUUUAUGAAUUGCAUGUAAAACUAUUGUUUUCUUUUUAUUUUGAUAUUAUAUAUAUAUAUAUAUAUAUAUAUAUAUAUAUAUUGCUGAUCGCUCAUUUGAAGCUGUGCCUAAUCUCUACAAAAAAAAAAAAAGUUCUUCAAAAAAUUGUUCAGUGUGUCUAAAAGAAAAUUUUAAACGCUUCUUGUUUUCUGUCUGUCUGCACAAUUAUUUGCUAUACAUACCAAUAUAUUCUAUACAUAAUAAAUAAAUAAAUAAAUAAAUAAAA